GGUCCCAGGAAGGGGAAGGGAAGAGGUGCGUCGGGCCUUCCAUUUUGCUCGGCAGCAUCCAGGCCCGGGAAGGAGUCGUCCUCUCUCCGGGCAGUGCCCUACCCCAAAGCAGUUGGCAGCCAGAAGCGGCAGAGGCGCAUCCUUAGCUCCGAACGCGGCGUAGUUGGGAGGCAGCGGUCCUUGGCGCGCCUCGUGGGACCGCAGGGAUGGACUUGGACGGCCUUCUUUUGGACGAGGAGGGCGCUUUUUCCUUGAGCGGGUUCCAGGAGUUCACAUUUCUUCCCAGGCAUCAGCAGCUGAGUGAUAGGGUGCGCAAGCGGCUUUACUAUGGUUGGGAUAAGGAAAGUGCCCUCGAUAACCUCUCAAGCCCAGUUGCAGAUAUUGCUGUCGAAUUGCUCCAGAAAGCUGCUCCCAGUCCCAUUCGCAAGCUCCAGAAAAAAUAUGUAUCUCAUGUCUCCCGAGAGGCUUGCAUUUCUCCUUGCUCCAUGAUGUUGGCCCUGGUUUAUAUUGAGAGGCUUCGGCACCGUAAUCCUGAAUACCUGCAGCAGAUCUCAUCCUCUGACCUCUUCUUGAUCUCCAUGAUGGUUGCCAGUAAGUACUUGUAUGAUGAAGGGGAAGAGGAAGAGGUCUUUAACGAUGAGUGGAGUGCUGCGGGCAAGGUGGAAGUACAGACCAUGAACACACUGGAGAUGAAUUUCCUUCAUGCCAUUGAUUGGAGCCUCUACACUGAUCCAAAGGAACUUUUCGAAGUCCUCAGCUGGCUGGAGGGGCGUGUGGCUGAGAAGCAGGGCAUCCAGCGUGGCUGGUUCACGUACACUGACCUGUGUGUUUUAAUGGAGCAAACACUGUGGCAGCAGGCAUUGGGUCAGUUCUAUCAGCAGGUAGCCAAGCUGGCUUGUAUUCUUGGCGUGGUGUACCUGACAGGUAUUGCAGCUGUCCUUGCCUCUGCUGCUGUGGUGCACCAUACUCUACAUGUGAAGAGGGCUGAUCCUUCUGAAUUGGCAAGUGGUAGACCUGCCCUGGCAUCUUACCUGCCUCUCCCAUCUCCAGUUCAGCAUCUGGAUUGUAACUUGGCGCUACCUAAUGACUCUCCAUCCACCAAAACAGAGAAUAUGACCUUGCAUGGUGAACAGCAGCACGAGGGGAACAACGGUGUCAUGGCUACAGCACUCUACAUCUGGAGCAGUGUCCUCACUGCUCUGUCUUCUGCACCACCAGCUCCUACCCAUCACUCAUUUUGUCCACACUGCAGUCAGUCCAGCCUCAUAUGUGGGACAGCCAAUCACACCGCUUUCAACAACCCUUCUACUCAGCCAACUGCUUCCGGACUUGCUGCCCACUGUACUAGCUGCAUGUGUUGGGGCUGGCACCUUCCUGUGCCCCACAAUUGCAAAGACUGGCCUGAACCCAUGGCACUGCAGCAAUGCCCCUCACAGGCUGCCUUGGAGCUUGGAAGGAUCAAGGCCUUCAUGUUCCCUAGUUAGGGUUGGAGGCAGCAGGUUAGAGUUUAGGCUUGGGCACCUUGAUACAGAAUGCUAUGAUCUGGGGCACCUUGAUACAGAAUGCUAUGAGCACUUGAAGGGGUAUAAAAACGCAAGGUGGGAGAGGCUACGAAAUGGCAGGGGCCUGCCAGUCUGUCUCCUGUCUAUUUGAUACCAGCUCUCGUUUAUAGGCCAAAACGAUUUCUGCACCCACUCUCUUUCAGCAAUUUAGUGGCUGUGCUCAAGAGCCGCCAAGAGUUUGCUGAAAGGAUAUAUCCCACUUUGGGAGUCUACAGUUAGGGGUAGGGUGAAGACCGAGACAGUGAGGCUUGGAUCAGUCAUAAUCCUUCAUUUGAGCCAAUAACCCGCAUUGGCAAGCCUAAUUUCCCUUAUUAGGUAAAACAUAAGGUGGGUUUGCACAUUUGAGCUUGUAUGGUAAGUUGUAGGAAGAAAUGACCUAUGGUGACAAAUGGCAGCAAUCCUACACCUUCAGGCUAUAGCUGUAUUUGCUGCACAGUAUAGCUAGCAUUGGGAGUCGUGCAUUGCCUCCUAGCUUGUGAGAUAGCUUUCUUGAGGUGCUAGGAAGAAAUGAUCUGUGGUGACUACCUCUCACAGUGACAAAUGCCAGCGAUUCUACAUCUUCAGGCUAUCCAGGGAUAGCUGUAUUUAUAUCACACCAUUAGCAUAAUGUGGAAACUCACUGUUAUUGCCCUAACACUGAUCUAGUGCUUCCUACUUGGGUAACCAUUCCUAAGAGCAACGCAGGACUAGGCUGUGAUUUUCUUCAACCACAGCAUUGGGAAGGAAAGAGGGAAGACCCAGUUACAUGUUUAAUUUUGGUGCUUUGGUACCCCUGCCUGAUGCUUUGGGAGCGCUUGACUGCCCAAUCUAAUUCUUUGGGUGGAGGGGGAUGGAGAGGUGGCAGACACUUUCUACUCCAUAAUCUUGCUAGCACUUUUUUGCUGUAGUUUUUCACUUCUUGUAGAUGGGAUCUCUUCUAAUAAAAAUAGUUCCUGAUGAUA